UCCCUGAACGCACCACCCGCAGAUCCCUGCCGUCGGACCCUGAAUGCAACAAGCUGCAGCGAAGCGGACGCUGCAGAAUCGGACUCUGCGCAUUCUGACGAGAGGAGCGAGGAAACGACGGGGUUUUCAAUCCUCAGCGAACAUCGGUCCGAAGUGACCUGGAGGAAGGAAGAUGUCAGUGGUUUAUAAAGACGACCAGGAGGACUGGCUGACAGUGUGUCUCAAGUACCUGCUCUUUGUUUUCAACUUUCUCUUCUGGGUGGGUGGAGCUGCCGUUUUGGGUGUCGGGGUCUGGACACUGGUGGAGAAGAGCGACUACCUGAGCCUGCUGGCCUCCAGCACUUUUGCCGUGUCUGCGUAUAUCCUCAUCCUGGCUGGCAGCCUGGUGGUGGUCACGGGCUUCUUGGGCUGUUGUGCUGUCGUCAGGGAACAGAGGAGCUGUCUGUCCACGUACUUCUUCUGCCUGCUGUUUAUCUUCCUGAUUGAACUGGUGGCUGGAGUACUGGCCUAUGUUUACUACCAGAGGCUGAGCGAGGAACUGAAGCAGCAUCUCAACCAGACGAUGUCGGAGAACUACGCCCAGCCAGGGAGGGAGGCCGUCACGUUAGCUGUGGACCGACUACAACAGGAUUUCAAGUGCUGUGGCAGCAACAACUCCCACGACUGGAUGGCGAGCGCGUACAUUUCGUCGAGGCUCGCAGAGGGGAGGGUUGUGCCCGACAGCUGCUGCAAGACCAUCACCCCUCUCUGUGGCCAGAGAGACCACCCGUCCAACAUCUACAAGGUGGAGGGAGGAUGCAUCACUAAGCUGGAGCAGUUUCUGGCCGACCACCUGUUGGUCAUCGGUGCCGUGGGAAUCGGAGUGGCCUGUCUGCAGCUGGCUGGGGCAGCCUUGACAGCCUGCUUUAUUUAUCUGCUCUAUAAGGAAGAGGAGGACGACUUCGGUACUUUGUGAUUUAGCUCUAGAGCGUCUUUGUGCUUUAAUCAACGGGAGCGACCAGAUCUGCGGGAUGGUGUUCACCUGCUGCUUGUACAGGAGGAUCAAGAUGGAGCCUUACUGAGCCCACCAUUCCUCCCCCCCCAACAAACGGACGGACCUAUCACCCGCUGAAACCCAAACUUCAGCCUCUGUGUUCUGAACUCUGACCUUUUGCCAUCCAAGACAAAUGCACAGACAUGUUUCAGGUCACAUCCAGAGCUUCAGUCCCUGUGUUGCACUUCAGUUGCAACGCACUCCAAUCCAGGCUUAUGCAUUUCUUAUCCGGGCUUCCUGCGGAGUCAUUGCCUUGGCUGAGCCGCAUGCUUUGGUGUGAGCAGGACUCAAGACGGGGAAAUCUGCUGUCAAGUUACUUUCUACUCCCCUCGUAGUGAUGGGGAUAGAUUUAUCAUGUUUUUUUCACUGAUGUAAUGGUCUUUUCUGCAGACUCCAGUGCUUCAGUAAGUGGAGUGAGAGGAGCACUGUGUACGAGCCUGUAAAAGAUGGAAGGAAAGUUAUGGUUGUAACGCAAUGUGCCUCGAUCACAGCUUUAUGUAUUGAUUCUGUACCUGAAAUAUUUAAAGCAAUGAAGUGAUUUAACAAAUGACGUAUAGUUCACUGUCUUUUAUAUUUGUAGUUAUGUCUAUAUAACUGAUAAUGGCAGUAAAUAUUAAACUGUAUCAUUGUUUAUAAAACUGAGCAAUUCAGGUAGUUAAAUGUAUGGAAGACAAUCCCACUCAAAUAUUUAGAAAAGUGAAAGUCAUCUCGGCUACUCUAUCCCUGAAGUAAUGACUCCACCUAGUGGUCGUCAAGGGUCAUAUACUGAAUGUGUGCGACUAAAUAUCCCACUUACUUCUGAUGCCAUAUUAUGAAAUAUAUAGGGACAGUAAAGCAGAUAUUUAUGUUCAUGUGUGAUACUAGAAAACUGUUGCAUUACAGAUCAUUUUAAGAUUUUUUUGCCACAGAAAGUAACUAUUUGUUUUCAUUGUCUAAUCUCUCUCUCCACACCUUUUUGCCAAAACUAUUACCUCGGGGAAAAAAACACAUUUAGCCUUGUUGACAAUGUAUUUUAGAGGUGGAGGUCACGUGGAAUGUAAAGAAUAGUAAUGUGUACCGUCAAGAUAUAGAUGUUUUGGUUUCAGAGAUCAAAAAGUGAAAUAUCAGUUUGAAUUUUUAUAUUAUCUUCCGUUUAAAUCCCUUGAAAGAAUAGGUCACAGUUGCAGUGACUGUAUUUUCCUAUGAUUGGUGCUAAUGUAGAUGGUUGAUGACGAUAUAACAGUGGCAUGUGCUCCAACUACUGAUUGUGCUACUCAAACUAUUGACAUGAACAUCAUAAAUAAAUGUUUUGAAUAUU